CCUACAGCCCGCUAUAGAUAAAUAGUGAACAAACUUUCAUUUCAGAUUAGAAGCUGCGUAGGACUGCACACCAUUUUACCUGAUAUUGCAAAGGUUUUUCACAGUCAUGAAAGUACUUGUAGUUGUUGCAGCGGUCGCCCUGAUUCAUGGCAGUUAUGCCACUUUGCUCAUUAAAGGGCCAACCGAGCCGCUUCUGGAGGGAGAGGCGAUCACACUGGAGUGUCUGUACAAAGACUCUGAAUUCAACAUCAGCCAGGUCCACUUUGAGAUCUUCUCCAAGUACAUGCAGGGCUGGCGUCCGGUGAGAUCCUGGGAGCGAUCUUGGUGCUACUAUUCGAUGCAAAUCGCGAAGACCGCGGACAGUCUAGCCCUGUUUAUCCCCAGAGCAGGGAGGUUCUUCGAGGGGCCCUACCGCUGUGUGUCUGACGCCGAAAAUGUGACUGCGCCGGACAACUCCUCCCAGGUGUUGGCCAUCAAAGUGCAUUAUAUGGAAGAGCCGUCGCUGUCCAGGGAGGGCUACAGCAGCUACCUGGGCGUGCCCCAGGAGCUGAAGGUGCGACUCGGGGACGACGUGGUGCUGAAGUGCUCCGCCAGCUCUUCAGAGGAGCCAAGCUACUCCUGGAACAAGAACGGUGACGACUGGAUCCUGCCUUCCUCUAAGCUGACGCUGAAGAAGGUGAGCGCGACGGAUGAAGGACAGUACACCUGCAUGGCCGAGCAUCCGACCGUGGAGUCACUCAGCAAGAGGCGCACCAUCAGCAUCACCGUGCUGCCUGAGGAUGCCCCCUGGUAUGAGUCUAGUAAUGGCCGUCUCAUGUUGAUGACCUCGGCGGCGGCUGUGUCUCUCCUGGUCUUCAUCCUCUCCAUGAGCGUGUUCCUGUGCCGCAGGGCCAAGCGGGGCAAGACCAGCAAGGGACCCAUUGAUGACCGGUCUCAGAAGAAGCCCAUCUACAAAACCAGUGUGGAGUCCCUUUCCUCCACCUGCGGGGACAAACAACCUCUGGUGUGACUGCACAGGCAGGCGGAAGGAUGAGGAGGAGGGAAGAAGAUGGAGCGAGGGAUGAGGAAGAUGGAGUGGGUGGCCAGAAAAUGAGCGAUACUUAAAGAGGGAGGAGAUGGUAUAGGUUUAUGGAUGGUCACAUUGGGGGAGGAGAGAGGGAGGAAAGGAGGGAGAUAAAGAGGGAUAUUUCGAUGGCGAGAGCAAAAUCAGUAACAAGCUGGGUGUGAAAAAAAAAAAACACUCCUGAAGGGCAAAUGAUUGCUUUAGAGACGCAAAAGCUGCUUUGCUUGUGGGUGUGCGCUGCAGUUAUGCAUUUUGGACAAAAAGGUGGGCAGUUUCUCUUCAUUUAUUCUCCAUUGUGAGCUACGUUCUUAACAAAAAUGAUGCAGGAUGAGUCUUGUGUCCUGAAAAGAGCUGUAAAGACUCCACAUGCAAUUCUCUCCUUUCUGUACAAACAUAAUUGCUCAGCUGUGUAUUAUGAGUGAGCCAUUUGGGUAAUAGGACAAGGUUUUAUUUUGUUGGUCUGCUUCCCUUUCAACCUUUUUUCAAAAGCAGAACCGGCUCAAAGCAUCUUUGAGAAGGUCAUUAUAAUCUCUUUAUGGUGACGGCUCACAAGCACAUUGCACUCUACUAUUUAAUUUACUGUACUUUGGAUUUCUUUGAUAUUAAAUUGCUUUCAGAAAAUAAUA